GAAAUUCUUGCUUGGUUCUUUAGUUUCUGUGUUCAAAAUUCGAGAUGGUUUUGCGGGAAAUUGAGCUUCUGAUUCAUUAUUGGUUGUUUGAGAUUGUUUGCUUUGAUGAGCAUUCCGAGUUCUUUUGUUUUAGGUGACACCAAUUUUUCGUUUUUUUUUAAUUCGAUUUUCGAAGAUUGAAACACAUUGUGGGUUAGGAUUGAUAUUAGAGGUUUAGAAGGAUCAGUAGAACAGGACAAGAGUGUUAGUACAUUUUUUGUGUGUGUAGAAUUGUGGAUUUUUCGAGUUGGGUUUAGCAAUUGGAGUGGUUCUGUGGUGUUUGUUAGUGUGAUUGUGUAGUGUGUCACUAUGUCGGGUAGCACAACACCAACUGGUGGAUAUAUGAGGCAGAGGCAUAGCCAGGGCUAUGCGUCGAGUGGUGAUGAUCUUGAGGAUGAUGCGUGCUCUAUGAUGCAUAGCUCGUCAGGUUCGAGUCCUAGGGUUUGGUCAAAGAGAGAGAUUGCGGAGAAUGUGAUUUGGCUUGUCUCGGCAGCAGGCAUUAUGUACUUGGGUGAUUCAAAGUCCAACUUGAUAUUUCUCUUGUGGCAUGAUGACCGAAUAAGAAGAUUGCCGUUGUACAUUGGGAUGGUGGGCGUGGUUUUGAAUAUAAUCAUCUUCUGUUACACAAGUAUAUCAGCAUGGAGUGUUGGGCGAUUUGAUGAAAAAUGGGAGUUAGCAAGUAUAUCUGCUCUGCCAUAUGUGACUCUACUUGGUGCCAUUUCCUUUUGCCUGUUCUGCUUUGCUCUGUGGCCAAUAUGGGGAUUCUUAACCCUUCCUCUUUUGUUCACGCUGUUUAUGGCAGGCAUGGUUAUAUUUCCAUACAUCAUAAUUGGGAUAUUUAGGAAACAACAUGAUGCGCUGCGUACAGAUAAUGCCUCCUCAGAUUUUAGUGAUAAACUAUACUGACCUAGAUCAAGAGCUGCUAACUCAACCAUGGACAGACUGUCACAUCAGUAGUGGAGCGAUUAUUGUCUUCCAAUCAGUCAGGUUUCGAUUUUACAUACACAUUCUUUUGAUACACUUGAUAGUACCACAGAGUUCUUUACAAACCUGGAGUGGACUGGUUGGGAUGUAGUUUUGGAUGUUGAUGCCAGUGAGCAUUAGUUGUGUAAAAAUGUUGAGUUUUCUGGAUAGGAAUGAUGCCUAUGUUUCUGGUAUGAGUCCAUCUUUCAGUAGGGAGGAGAUUCUGGCAUUGGUUUGGCAUUAUGA